CCAAAAUUUCCUAAGUGGAAACUUGCACAAACUCCCUCUAACCCCAAAACCAUGUAUAAAUUUCCAUGCAAAUUACACCUCCAAGCACCAAAACCACACAUUCUACUCACAUAAACAUCUUUUCAAAAUCACCCGAGUGAGGUCGAAAAACGAAGGUCUCGACUCUCGAGCUAUUUUCACCACCCGAAAAUGAAGAAAGUACACGCACAAGACGAAGUUAGCGAGGUUAGUGAGGCCUCCGAGGAUAAUAGUGCACCCGAGAAAGCCCCUCCGAAUAAAGGGCUUUCGAAAAUCGAUUUUGCAAUGAGGAUAGUGGCCGCUAUUGCUACCUUGGGGAGCACCAUUGCCGUUGGUACAACCAACCGUACGCUCCCCUUUUUCGCGCAGUUUGUUCGUCUGCAGGCUCAGACGCGAGACCUCCCUGCAUUCACGUUCUUUUUGGUCUCGAACGGCUUAGCAACUGCAUACCUUGUUCUUUCGCUCGCGUUGUCCGUAUUCCAUAUGUUGAAGAGCGGCGCGAAGCUCACAAGGGCCGUGCUCGUCAUACUCGACAUGAUAAUACUAUCUCUUUUGACUGCCGGUGCUUCUGCUGCUGCUGCAAUCGUGCACGUGGCCCACAAGGGCAAUGCAGAGGCCAAUUGGAUCGCAAUUUGCGAGAAAUACAACACGUUUUGUGAGCGAGUCUCGGGCUCACUAGUCGGGUCCUUCAUAGGAGUUCUUAUUCUUAUGAUGUUGAUAAUCUUGUCGGCUCUUGCUCUGUCUCGAUCAUAAUCUCUCAAUGGCACGAGCGCUUACUAUUUUGUUCGUCUUCAAUGGCGCGUGUGUUUGGUUCGUUGUCAACUUAAUUUUUCGUAUCGAUUUGAAUUCAUAAGGCUACCAUUUUUUUUGAACAAAGUAAUAUGUUACAUGAUUGUACUUUUACCUCAAAAGGAAAGAUUUCUUCAUGUGAUUGUAACUUUUGUAUUGUGUGUUCACCACCAUAUAUAUAAUAAUAUGAAG